GUCACUGCACCCUACGUCACUAACGCGGAAGUGCAGUUUGUUUCAUGUGGCUUUUAUUGUUUCUGCGGGAAAUUCGAAAGUAAAAAGAAAGGAGUCAGUUUGUGUCACGACGACCCCAUUUCAUCGAUAUAGUUUGUAAGCGUAGCGUUUCCAGUACGUUUGUGUUUUGUUUCUCUAAGUAGGUAGGCUAAAGCAAGAUGUCAAAUCCUGAGCCCGUCUUGCUAGGUCGAAAACGGAGCCUGCCCGCCUGCCCGAACCCCCUAUUCCUCAAGUGGCUCACUGAACUAAGGGACGAGGCCAGGGAGAAAGGCCUAAAGAUCCAGUACACUUACCAAAAGGCAAUCAACUCUCUUAAUAAAUAUCCACUUCCUCUUCGGGAUGCCAAAGAGGCCAAGAUACUGCAAAACUUUGGAGAUGUGAUAUGCAAAAUCCUGGACUCUAAACUGCAACAAUACCAUACAGAACAUGGUCAAGACAGUCCUGGUCAUGCGCUCCCUGAAGGAGUGUCCUCUCCUGGCAGGUCAGACAACAACAAGGCACCUCCCACCAAAAAGAAAAAUGCUAGGGAGAAGGAAGGUGGCGGAGAGAAGAAGAAGAAGAAGAAGAGGGAGUACGUGCCCCAGAAAGGAUCCGGCGGUUACGCUGUCCUGUUGACACUUUAUAGACAGUCGCAGAUGCUAGGCAGUAAAGGCUUCAUGUUCAAGAUGGAGCUGCAGGCCGAAGCACAGCAUCUUUGUAAUAAAUCCUUUGCAGUGCCUGACCUCGGCAGUAAGUACACAGCCUGGUCGUCGGUAGCCACGCUGGUGCAGAGGAACCUGCUGGUAAAGACCCACAGUCCCGCACGAUACUCUCUGACACAGGAAGGGGUGUCUUUAGCACGACGUCUGGACUCGGUUGAACCAGGUUCUAAAGCAGGUCCACAUGUGAUUGGUGAUGAGGAGGAGGAGGAAGGUGGUCCAGCAGUCGUUGACCUCACUGGUAGUGGUGGUGAUGAUGAUGAUGAUGAUGAUGAAGAUGAAGAAGAACAGGAAAAGGAUAUAAUUCAGCUGACGCAGCCAAUGAACGAGGUGCUCAGCCGUGGAUGCCUCCUACCCGGAACCUACGACAUUGUCCUAUGCGUCGACUUCAUCGAGACAACAGGUGGCAGCCAUCAUCGCAAACACGAGCUGGUCAAAGAGCUGCAGACGAACGGCGUCCACUUUGACGUCAGGAAGCUCAACGUUGGCGACUUUCUGUGGGUGGCCAGGGAGAAAGUCGCGCCCAUGUCAGCUGCAGGCAGAGAGCUUGUCCUUGAUUUCAUCAUCGAGAGGAAGCGGAUGGACGACCUGUGUGGCAGCAUUAUCGACGGACGCUUUAAGGAACAGAAGUUUCGCCUGAAGAGGUGUGGCCUUCGAAAGCCCAUCUACCUGGUGGAGGAACAGGGGAAGGCGGCAGCACACUUGAGCCUUCCUGAAAAGACGCUGCAGCAAGCCAUUGUCAACACGCAGGUGGUGGACGGCUUUUUCGUUAAGAGGGUGCAGGACGUGAGAGAGUCAGCGGCCUAUCUGAGCAUAAUGACGCGAUACCUCACCAAAGUGUACCAGAACCGAACGUUGGUCUGCCGCUCCCGGGAGCGAGACGGUGACCCAGACCGUGAUGAUGACCCCCGGUCCUGCUCGCUCAUGUCUUUCGCAGAGUUCAACUACGGUGCCAUUAAGAACAAGAGUCAGACGGUGCGAGAAGCCUUUGCCAGACAGCUGAUGCAAGUUAGCGGCUUGUCUGGAGACAGAGCGGCUGCUAUACUGGAGCGAUACAGUACUCCACACAGUCUCCUGAAGACAUACGACAAAUGCAAAAGCGAAGCACAGAAAGAAAAGCUGCUAUCUACCAUCCAAUACGGGAGGCUAAACAGGAAAUUGGGACCAGCUUUGAGUCGAACUCUGUACCAGUUGUACUGUAGCAAUGGAGCGCUAUACUAGAUUGUUCAAGAUAGAGGAUUUAUGAAAAAGUGUACUGUAAAAUAUCAAAUGGGAUGAUCCAAGAAGGAGUCAUGUGACAUGUUGCAACAGUUUAUUCUCUCAUCCUGACGCCAAACAAACCUGAUGAAAACACGAGAAUGAAGGAAGAUCAGGAACACGUCGACUCCUUAAAAGUGGACAGAAAGAAUAUUGUUUCUUUUUUUCUGGUCCCUCACGACAAAUUCACUUAUUUACACACUGGAAUAGAAAAACUUGUCUGACUAUUUAAGUGCAAUUUUUUUCAGUGCACGCAGCCUCCAAAGUGGAACCAUCAUGCAAGCAAAGUGAUUGAUUGCAAAUAGCAAACAGAACAAGAUGGAACCACAACUUUAUAAAUCCUCUUGUGAGGAUGUCAGUCUGCUGGUCCCAUCGCACAGGCGCCAUUUGUAAGCGUUCAACUCCUCGGCUGUGUCAGCUUUAUCUUCACUGAAGUCCAAAGGACCUUCAAAAAAGACUCCACUUAGUCAUGUGACAAAAAGAGCCGCUUGCUCUACUUUGUUCAUGCAGAGUCCAAGCAAGAGCGCUGUGUCGCCUUUAGUCGGGCAUGUCGAUGCACAGUUUGGAUGGGGGGACAAAGUAUUUGCCAGGACUCUGUGUGAUCACCACACCUGUCUUCUUAUGGAACAUGGGAGCAAUCUUGGGGGGCGGCUCGGGGACGGGGGGGUCCUCCGCAGCCUCAGCAUCGUCGCUGCGUUGGAGGUCAUAAGAGACGUUUCCAUACUCUCGCAGGAAGGGGAGAAGCUCCAGAAGGAAGUGGCAAAAGUCUUUGCGGAUGCCAAACCACCCUGCGAGGACGAACAACAGCGAUGGCAUGAUUAAUAUUAUAUGAUCUAUUAGGUUGCGAAGAAGAGUGUUUCAUACUGACAGUGGUUUCCUCCCUUUUGGCCAAAUGUGGUGACCAUGAGCGUGAGCAGUGAGAGCCACAGUGGCACGAAGAUACACACGUAGCUUAGACUGUUGUUGCCGUCGUCCAGCUUGUGCACCAGGAGGAUCUAAGACAGAUUGUUACGCCAAAGUCUGAAAAAAAUUCAAUGUCUACAUCAACACCUUUCAAAAUUCACCUCAAAGGUGAGAAGCGGAACUACGAUGGUCAUCCAGCUGAUGGCCAUUGUGAUGUGAGUCCGCCGCUGCUCAGCGAUGAUGUCGAUGGAGCGUAGAAAAAGCACCGACCAGAUGAUGUAGUAGAGGACAACAAGACACAGGAAGGACAUGAGGAUCCACAGUGGCACACACACCACCUGUGACACACGCACACACACACAUUUGUCACUUAAUGAUCCUUCUACAGUUGGGAAUGUCAUCACAUGUGCUCACAAGCCAAGGCCAGAUGAUGAUCUUGUCCAGUUUCAGAGCGAUGAAAAUAAACUGAAGAAUGUUCACUGAGCAAAACACCUCCAACUGAGGAGGAGCAAAGGAGGACCUUGUUAUUCCCUCAUUUUAAGCGUGUUCUACAUCACGUUGUUGCCACUUACUUCCAGGGAGCGAUCAUGUCGAAAUCCCCAGACGCACGCUGCCACAGAGACGGGUGACACAAAGAAGAGCGGCAUGAAGACAAGCAGCCAGAAGUAGUUUCCACUUCCCCUCGUCACCCGGUCGCACACCAACACUUCAAACAUGAGCAAGAGGACAUGGAGCCCCACGGCAAUCAGCAUGGCCUUGAACUCCACGCACGUCUCACCUUCAGCCCUGGCAGAAAAGAACAUAUCACGUUGUGUCCUGCAGAGACAGUCAGCCCUAUCUUACCUGUACUGAGGGUUGUGUGCCCACACUCCAGUGCCCACUGAGGCCCCGAUGAUGACCAACACUUUCCAAAGCCAUAUUGGUGUGAACACUGCCCAGUAGCUCCAGUGGAUAACGCCAUCCAGCCUCAAGGACAACAAGACGGAGAAAAGUAGCAGGCACAAGUAGAUCAGGAACUUGCUGCACGGGGAAUACACUGAACAUGUUAAAAACAAUACUAAUAGCAUUAUAGCAUUAUUAUGAUAAAUAGUUGAAUAUGACCAAAAAAACUCAACAUGUCCAUCAGUAGCAACUACAAAAUUGUUAUUCAGUGUUGUCUUUUGACGGCUCCAGACAAUGUUAGCCACGUAGCAUAUGACAUCGCUUUCGUACUUGCAUUUUAGCUAGCUCUAAAUACUAUCAUAUAUUUUAUAACUUUACAGGCAAACUCCCGCUGCGUUAUAUUUGGUAUUUGUCCAAUUUUUAACACACACUGACGUAUGAUGUUAAGACAAUCAGCAAUUAGCAGCUAACUACUCGGUGCUACUCGCUGAGCCAAAGAUUGGAAAGAUAUUACCUGGGAUUAAAAUCCUGAAAGAGUCCCCUUAAAUUCAUGGCGUACAAAAUGUUUGUACCAUUGCUUCAUUUGUUGGUCAUUAUUCGAUUUAGCAUUUUUCUUGCUUGUUGCAGCUUAUGUUUUCCCCGAAUACUCUACAGGAAGUGACGUCACAUUCAGACGACGACACAGGUGCUUCCAAGCAUGAACGUUCUAAGAUUGUAGUUGACAUUUUCUACUAACUGUUAGAGUUGUCAUUUCUGCCAAAGUACAGUCGCACAAAUAUGCUGGAAACUUACAGAAAAAAUAUUUACCGACUUGGUUUUUAAAUUAAACAAUUCCCAGGGCGAAGUGCCUGUGCCUCACCAUAGGAAGGUCGUGGGUCCGAUCUCUCUGUGUGGAGUUUGCAUGUUCUCCCUGUGACUGCGUGGAAAACUAAAAAUACAACCCAUAAAAAUAUUUUAGUUGUCUCAAUUUUCCUUUUUUGUAGGACAUUUCGAUGCGUUUUAAUGUUUUGAACUGCAUACGAGACGAGUCCACCACAUAUUUGAAAAUGUAAUGAAGAAAAAGUACAGUACCAAUGUACACUACCCAAAACAAGUGAAGUUGGCACGUUGUGUAAAUCGUAAAUAAAAACAGAAUACAAUGAUUUGCAAAUAAUUUUCGACCUAUAUUCAAUUAAAUAGAACUGCAAAGACAAGAUACUUAACGUUCGAACUAGUAAACUUAAAUUUUUUGGAAAUAUUAGCUCAUUUGGAAUUUGAUGUCUGCAACAUGUUUAAAAAGCUGGUAAAAGGGGCAAAAAAACAGAGAAAGUUGAGGAAUGCUCAUCAAACACUUAUUUGGAACAUCCCACAGGUGAACAAGCUAAUGUGGGUCAGGCCUGGCCCUAUCCAA